CGGGUUCCGCCUUCCUCCAGGAAGCAAUCCGGGCUGCGGGGAAGAUGCUGUAGUGGGAACGGAAGUGGCCUGGAGUGGAGCACAGCGACGAUGAACAACAAAUUCGAUGCGUGAGUUGCAGCCCCGCAGCCUGAGUGAAUGUGUGUUCACCACGUGUGAUAACACAAUGGGGGGAAGGAAUAUAACAACACAUAUAGGCUGUUACUACUGACACCAACUCACUGCUCCCACCAGCAUGCAUGCCAGCAUUGUGCCAGCAUUGUCACUGGGGAGAUGUACACAGUGUAAAGUGCCAGGACACAACUGGGCAAAUAGCUGCUCUGCACCACAUAACAGCAUGGGAUAGUGCUGGCAGCAGUAUGUAGAAAUAUAUCAACAUUCAACAGCAUAACACAAUGUGACAUGGAUCACUGAACCACUGUAUUGACACCAUAGCAACAGGUUGAUCAACAUUUGAAAUUGUAUUCAUAAAACACAACAUUUAGGGCACAGUAUACAAGAUUUACAUUCAAACUCGCUUAUUUCUCAACUAAAAUUUGGAAAUUUACUUUUUCAUUUUCUUGGCCACAGUCAAAUCUAUAAUGAAAAAAAACAUUGCAGGCAAACGAAAAGUGAAGCAUCAAGUUUGAAAUAUGUUUACUGCUGCAUAAAAUGUUAUGCUCAAUUUCUGGAUGGCAUUAAUCCAUCCGUUCUUCACAAACACACACACACACACACACACAUUAUAAUGGAAUAUCGUAGAUGUUAUGUAUAUUUGUGAUGUGCGAGUGAACGAGAAUGUUAUAAAGAAAAUAUUGGUUGAAAGCAAAUUUCGGUAUAUGUAGUACACAUUUGCUAGUUCUCAGUUUCAAUAUAGGAAUAUAAUAUGUUAAAUAUGCAGAGAUAUGCUGAUCUGGAAAUAUACAUUGGUUUGAAGAUUUAACAACUAGUAACACACCCUAGUAUGAUGCUCUAAUUUGUAAUCUUUAUUUGUUUGAAUCUUUAUCCCCCAGUUUGAAAGAUGAUGACAGUGGGGAUCAUGAUCAGAAUGAAGAGAAUGGCACACAGAAAGACAGUGAGAAGGAAAAAAAUGACAAGGACAAGAAUCAAGGAACCUCUAGAAAGAAGGUAUUACCAACAAUUCUGUUAUCUCCGAUACAAAAUAAACUCCAUUACAUACUUUGUGAGUGAGCAUGAUGAAAGCUGUGAAAAUCUCAAGGUUUACUGCAAUUAAAAGGACACUCCACUACAAAAAUACUAAAUAAAUCAAAAUCACUGUUUAGUAGAUUUGCCCAAUAAAUAAAAACACAAAAAAACGUAUUAAAUUAUGAUUAUUUUUUUCUCUUGGGGGUAUAUCUAAAACCAGCUUGCAGUUCUCUUAUCUGCAUCUUUUGAAAUCUGCAGUUUUUCCAAAAUGAAAAAAACAGGACACACUUUUCACAUACAAAAUCUUUUAACCCCUUACGGACACAUGACAUGUGUGACAUGUCAUGAUUCCCAUUUAUUCCAGAAGUUUGGUCCUUAAGGGGUUAAGCAAGCUAAAGUGCUUUAGGUGCAAGGAGUAUCCCUUAAAAGUUUGUUAAAGGGACACUCUGAACACGCUAGUGGGCUGUAGUUGUUAUUGUGCCAGGAAUGCCCUGCUGCUUCCCACUCUAAGUUGUGAAACCGUUUUAGAACGAUUUGACUUUUUACCUAGGAUCUGCUAGAUGGUGCUUAUCAACACUACAAAUCACUGAGGACUGAAAGCUUUCUACUUUGAGCUAAGCCUAGCAGUGUAAAGCUUAGCUCUUUAUCUUAGCAAGAUCAGUUAAUGUUCUCAGCCAAUAAGCUAGCCCUGUACUGCAAAAGGAAGUUCUCUUCUGGCUGUCACUGGACUGUACUGAGUUGAGGAUCGAUCUCUCAGGAGUUCUCUCAAUUAUUCUAAAAUUGUUUGACUACUUAGAAUGAGGGGUGCCAGGUAACUUGAAGCACCAUAACCACUACAGUGCUUUGAAUUGGUUAUACUGCCUGGAGUGUUCCUUUAAUACACAUUAGCGCAAUGCAGCAUGUUAUGUAAGUAGUCAUAAUUUACAUAAACAUCCACAUGUCCAACUGAUAUAUCAGUUUAUAUGUAUGUCAGGCCCAUCAUGCAUUUCUAAAGUAACUUAUUUGAAUUUUUCUCAGACUGUUGUUCCAGGACCAGCUGAGCACCCUUUGCAGUACAAUUACACAUUUUGGUACUCCCGCAGAACGCCAGGAAGACCAACCAGCUCCCAAAGCUACGAGCAGAACAUUAAACAGAUUGGUACCUUUGCCUCUGUGAGUACAUAAUGUUUGUCAGUGCAUUUUCUUCAGAUACUCUAAUCAUGGAACAUGAGAUAGUGGUGAAAAAAGAGAUGAUGGUUAAGUCACACCAACUAUACACAUUCACUCACAUCCAAUAAAUGUACAGAAGGACUAAAAUUAGGUUUCAGUCAUAUUCAAUACCUCCAAAACAUGUAUCACGCAUAGUUAACAUGUAUAUUGAGAUCAUCUCAUUCAGAGAGAUUUUCCUCUAAAAAUGGUAGGUAAACAUAUGAAAUACAUUUUAAUUACAAUUCUCCAUAAAAAGAAAACAAUCUAUAAUUUCCUUUUUUUUUUUAUCUUAUAUUAUGCUUUUAGACUUUUUUCUGAGUAAGUACCCAAACUGGGUAUAUUAAUUAUAGACAAAAAAAUUACAGCAUUGUUCCAGGAUUAAAUAUUUAAUAUAAAAUUACAAUAAGUACUGUUAAUAGUUAAAUGAACUCUCCGGGCACCAAAACAAGUUCAUCUAAAUUAAGUUGUUAUGGUGGCAGGAGACCCUCUGUCACACUCUUACCUCAAGGUGUUAAACUGUUCUCAAAUGGUUUAACCCUAUAAUUGCCUCUUGGUCUGAUCUCAACUCUCCUUCCCUCCUUCCCCCCCAAAGCGGCAUUUGGCUUCUGAAAUUUGAGUGCCACUCAGCUUAUCAGCCUUGCCAGCAGCGCUCUGUGCUUCCUGAAAGUGAAAUUUCACAAGCCAGAUGCCUCUUUGGAGGGAAGUUUAGAUUGGUGCUGGAGGCAACUUUGCAACCGGUUUAACCCCAUGAGGUAAGAAUGCGCCGGAGGGCUCCUGGCACCACAGCAACUUCAUUUAAAUUAAGUUGUUAUGGUGUCUUAAGUUGACUAAACUGUCUCUUUAAGCCAUGUAGUUUUAAAAUCAUAUUAGUAUAAAAUUUGAAUUUGUAUUUAUUAUUUAUUUUUUUUCUUAGAAAGCAACUGCUGAUAUUUCUGUGUCAUUGACAGGUUGAACAGUUCUGGAGAUUCUACAGUCAUAUGGUACGUCCUGGGGACCUAACAGGACAUAGUGACUUCCACCUUUUCAAAGAAGGCAUCAAACCAAUGUGGGAGGUAAGGUGCCAUAUGGAGACAGGGUCAGUGGUAACAUAAAUUUCAAAAGGAUUUCAAAGCAGUGCUGCAUUUCAUGACAUGAAGAAUGACCUGAGGGCCAAAACCAUAAUACUAUAGCAUAUCUGGGUCUCUUUUUGUUUGUUUCAUUUGUCUUGGUUUUAUUUUACAAAUAAUCAUUAAAGGGACUCUAUAAACACCAGAACAAUAACAACUCAAUGUUAUGCUUAUUGGGCAAAGAGAUUGUCGUUGCAGUUUUAGCCGUGUAAACACUGCCUCUGCUGAGAAAUGAAAAGUUUACUGGACUGACAUUCAGUGUCUUAAUGCUUAAAAUAAAUAUACUGAACGUUCCCCAUAGAGAUGCGUUGAGGAGAUGCUGAGUAGCACAGCACCCCAGCCCUCCAAUACUUCUCUAUGGGCAAGCUUUUGGAUUGACUGAGAUUAUCAGUAUUGAUAAUUUCAGCCAGAUGAGAAGGGGGAUUAAUCUGUUUUGUUUUUUUUUCUUCUGAGGGGCUCUGUGAACCGAACCAGCUACUGUAACACUGUGACGUUAGAAAUACAUGUUUUGCUGCACAAUGUAACAUUUGUUUAGUUGUUUUCCAAAUAAAAUGCAUUUUUACAACUAUUUGCUACCGAGUAUAGACUGAUACAGUUGUGCUCAAAAGUUUGCAUACUCUGUCAGAAAUUGUGAAAUUUUGUUAUUGAUUUUGAAAAUAUGACUGAUCAUGCAAAAAAUUUAUUUUAUUGAAGGAUAGUGAUCAUAUGAGGCCAUUUAUUAUCACAUAGUUGUGUGGCUCCUUAUAACAGAUAACAGAAAUCAGCCAAAUGGCCCUGAUCAAAAGUUUACAUACCCUUGAUUGUUCGGACUUGUUACAUCCACAGCUUAAAAUGGCAAUUAAAUGUUAAUUUCCCACACCUGUGGCUUUUUAAAUUGCAAUUAGUGUCAGUGUAUAAAUAGUCAAUGAGUUUGUUAGCUCUCACGUGGAUGCACUGAGCAGGCUAGAUACUGAGCCAUGGGGAGCAGAAAAGAACUGUCAAAAGACCUGAGUAACAAGGUAAUGGAACUUUAUAAAGAUGGAAAAGGAUAUAAAAAGAUAUCCAAAGCCUUGAAAAUGCCAGUCAGUACUAUUCCGUCACUUAUUAAGAAGUGGAAAAUUCGGGGAUUCUUGAUACCAACCCAAGGUCAGGUAGACCAAGAAAGAUUUCAGCCACAACUGCCAGAAGAAUUGUUCGGCAUACAAAGAAAAACCCACAGGUAACCUCAGGAAAAAUACAGGCUACUCUGGAAAAAGAAAGUGUGGUUGUUUCAAGGACCACAAUACAAUGAUACUUGAACAAAAAUGAGCUGCAUGGUCAAGUUGCCAGAAAGAAGCCUUUACUGCACCAGUGCCACAAAAAUGCCUGGUUACAAUAUACCCGACAACACCUUGACAUGCCUCACAGCUUCUGGCACACUGUAAUUUGUGAGUUAUAAGACCAAAAUAGAGCUUUAUGGUCACAACCAUAAGCGCUAUGUUUGGAGAGGGGUCAACAAGGCCUAAAGGGAAAAGAAUACCAUCCCCAGUGUGAAGCAUGAUGGUGGCUCACUGAUGUUUUAGGGGUGUGUGAGCUCUUAAGGCACUGGGAAUUUUGUGAAUAUUGAUGGCAAAAUGAAUGCAGCAUGUUAUCAGAUAAUACUGGCAGACAAUUUGCCGCCUUCUGCACGAAGGAUGCGCAUGGGACGCUCUUGGACUUUCCAGCAUGACAAUGACCCUAAGCUCAAGGCCAGGUUGACCCUCCAGUGGUUACAGCAGAAAAACGUAAAUGUUCUGGAGUGGCCAUCACCGUCUCCUGACCUUAAUAUCAUUGAGCCACUCUGGGGAGAUCUCAAACAUGCGGUUCAUUUAAGUCAGCCAAAGACUUUGCAUGACCUGGAGGCAUUUUGCCAAGACGAAUGGGCAGCUAUACCACCUGCAAGAAUUAGGGGCCUCAUAGACGACUAUUACAAAAGAUUGCAUGAUGUCAUUGAUGCUAUAGGGGACAAUACACAGUAUUAAAAACUAUGGGCAUGCAGACUUUUGAACAUGGUCAUUUAAUUUUUUUCUUCAUUGCCAUGUUUUGUUUUAUGGGAUGUGCCAUUCUGUUAUAACAUACAGUUGGAUAUGAAUCCCAUAAGAAAUAAAACAAAUGUGUUUUGCCUGCUCACUCAUGUUUUCUUUAAAAAUGAUACAUAUAUUACCAAUUCUCCAAGGGUAUGCAAACGUUUGAACACUACUGUACAUAUGUCUUACAAUAUUCCAUCUGAUAUAUUGUUGUUUCUUUCAUCCAAGGGUAGGAAAGCAAAUCCUUAUGGUGGACACUACUCAAAAUGUGAGAUUAGAAAUAUGACACAAGUCAUGCUUUUUCCUAGUUUUCUGUUUGAAUAGUUGUCCAUUAAAAUAUUCACAAUGUUUUGAAUCUGAAGAGUAAGUUUUAUAAUGUUUAGAUACUACAGUGGGUAUUAAGUCACUCAAAUAGAAGAAUCAGGAGGAAAAGGGAAUAAGGAAGUAACGAAUGGGACAGAAACAUAAAAACAGUGGCAGAGGUUGGGUUCCAAGCAAAAGCAAUUGGUAAAAGGUCGGUGUACUCCAAGCUAAUGGUUUGUAACAAAAGUAGUAUUGUUCUAAGUAGGUAAUAAGUUGCCUUUGUAAGAAGUAGAAAAACCAUUCCAGUUUAGUAUGUUGUCUACCCUCAAUAGAUCCAGUAAAGAGAGUACAUCAUCAGCCAACGUUAGGGUUUUGUUUUUGUUUGUUUGUUUUUGCAAAAAGGUUUGAAUGCCUGUUUAAGAAUCUAAAGGUUCAUUGAUAAAGCCCUGUUAGAAAGUUAUGGUUAUCAGUAAGUGGGCAUAAUAGACCAUAUUCAGUUGAGAAUGACAGAUAAUCAACAUGAUCUAUAAAUAGGCAUCAUGAUCUAUCCAAACCACUGCUGAAAUCAUCUAUCCAGCUACCUCCUGUUCUAAAAUGGGUGACUGUUUUUUAUUGUCUGAUUUAUGCCAUUACGCCACUCAAGAAAGAUGCAGUGCCUUUCUGCAGAAUUAUAACUGAAAAAAUACAGUUACUUAUUAGGCUAAAGAAGAAGUUAAGUUUAACUGGUCGUCCGGUUUAAACAAGUAAGAUAAACAUUGUAUAGGUGAUGUUAAAUUAAAAAAACAGCUUUUCUUUAUAAAAGAAUAUCUCUAGAUUAAUUCCAUCACCACUAUCUGUUUUGGCAGUCACCAGACUAAUGCUUUUUAAACAGAAUGAGGAAGUGAUUGUCUGCAAGAACAAAUCAACCUAUCUGCCAGUCCAAUGCUUUUCAUAGAAUAUUUUUUUAGGACUUUUGUAAAAGUGACAAUUUCUUUAGGUACUGAUUUUAGCACUAUAGGGUCAGGGAUACAUGUUUGUGUUCCUGACCCUAUAGUGUUCCUUUAAUUUGAUCUUAAAUGCUUCCAUAUUAUGCUCACUAUUUCAUAAGUGCUUUCUAAUAUGAAUGUUUGAAUAUAGGCUAACACUAUUAGUUAUUACAAGAUGCAAACAAGCAUACAAGUGCAUACUUCUCUGUAAAUGCAUUUCAAGCAGAAACUACCAGUAAAAGCAGAAGUGGUCAUAGCAGUUGGAGUAACCCUGUAAAGUAUGCGGCACCUUAUUACCUGUGCCUCACAUUUCCUUUCUCUAACCCCAUUUUGUAUUUGUGUCCUAUUUCACCCACGUCUUUUUUACAUCAUUCUCAUUUUCCAAACCAUCAAUUCCUCUAGUAAGGAGCAUGUAAUUCUGGUCUGGACUGAUCUUAUGCCAAAACAAACAAUACAUUUUUUGACUCAGGAGACUCAGCAUGUACAGACUCUUUCCACAAUAACAACUACUAUGACAUGUAGUGUUUAUGGUGUUUAGAAAAGUAACACCAAAUAGGCAUGUACCUCGUUUUACUGAUCAGAGGGAAAUUGCAACGUGUCUGUUUUUGUUUUGUUAGUUUUAAGGACCCCCACACACAGCUUUUCUGAUUAAAUGUUAAGCAACAGUUUACGUUUUUAAGUAACACUAUAGUCACCAGAACAACUACAGCUUAAUAUAGUUGUUCUGGUGUCUAUAUCCUGUCUCUGCAGGUUUUUUUUUGCUGUAAGCCGUGCCUUUUGAGCAAGAAGGCAAUGUUUACAUUACUGCCUUGGAACACCUUUAGUGGCCACUCCUCAGACGGCCUCUAAACGCUGCAUUUGCACUUUGUGAUAUCAUUUACGACUUCAGGCUGAAACUAUUUUUUUGGCAAUAUAUUUUUUCAAGUAAACAAUAGGAUACUUACCUUUAAAUUAAAUUUGAGUGUGAUGUUAUUUUAUAUUUUAGGAUUUGGCUAGAAGGUUUUUUUUUGGUGGGUAACCUCAAUACCGGCACCACAAAGCCGGUUGAGUGCCAGCAUUCAUUCAAGUUUGUCUAUUCAUAUAUCUUAUCCAUGUUCUCUGUAGGAUGAUGCAAAUAAAAAUGGUGGGAAAUGGAUUAUCCGUUUGCGCAAAGGUUUGGCAUCACGCUGCUGGGAAAACCUGAUCUUAGCAAUGCUGGGAGAGCAGUUUAUGGUUGGAGAAGAGAUAUGUGGUGCAGUUGUCUCCGUUCGUUUCCAGGUGAGAAAUAUAAAUGUCAAUGAAAACUGUGACAAAAUACCACUGGGAAUGUAGAUCUACCAGCGAAGACCAUUACCAAAACGGAAGGUCAAGCCAGCAGCUACAGCUACCCCAGCUGGGUUGGCCUCCAGAAAGGCUUGUCCUUCCUGGCGUUUCCCAUGCAGGUGUCAACCCCUCUGCCUGUCCUGCUUUCAACUACUGCCUUUACAAAGGCACUUGUUGCUGUCUGACCUAGCGCUUUCUUAGUAUGUCCUAAGGACCAGGGACUAGUGCAGCAAGCAAGCAGGUCCGAAGAAUCUGCUACUAGAAUCCCCAAACAAACAAGACAUGACACACAGUUCCCAAUGGAACUAGCACCCAUUACUUCAUUUUCACUAAGGAUUAGCCUCUAUACGCUUUACAUUAAACUUAUGGUGACACACUCAAUCCAUUAUAUAUAACAAAAUCAUAUGGAGAAUCAAUCAGGCACUCAUAAUAAUACAAUAUUUAUAGAGGGGUGUGGAAGACAAAGACUAACAAGAAAUAUGUCCCCUGCCUCCUUAAACCAUAAUAUGCAAAUCUACCUGAAUAUGUAAAUUAACAAGCCUUGGUAUUCAGGUAGUGCACAUAAUUGUUGCCACCAACCGGUGGUGCUGCACAGACCCCCACAGCCACACAGGGAAAACACGAGACAUUCCCUAAAUAAAAUUACAAUAGACCCUGCACCUAUAAUAGGCACAUGGUGACUUAAACAUAAGAUUCAUCCAGGGACCUACAUGAAGUGUCAGAGUUGUACGUCACCAUUAUCGUCACCUUAACCAAUUCAGAAACCUUAUAACUGAUAAAGAAGCUUGACGUUUAUUUUAAUGUUGAUGUUAAUUUUUGACUUGUGAAAUUUUGUUGAUGUUUGGAGUAUUUCCAUACUAUUAGUAUUUGACUUUUUUUGCUUCUUUUAGAUUCAUAUGUAUUUUGAAAGCAAAUCCACGGCAGAAUUUUUUGUAUUAAUUGGGAAAUAUAUUUGUGUUGUUGUCACCUCGGGUUUUUAUUCCACACACAAACUAUCUACGUAAACAUGCAUGUUCUUUAACAGCAUCUUCUGUAAUCUAUCCUAGAAUGCUUGUAGAUCAUGUGCCAAAGUAUGCCAGUGGGGCAUGUGUGUACACAUAAGUAAGUACCUGUAGCUAGUGCAUUACAUUUAAACUAUUUUCUCGCCAUAAGUGUAUUGAGGCAGCUAUUGGCAGACUAAAAUAAAUGGGUCAUCGCAUAAUAUCUUUUUUUUUUUAAGUUAUGUUUUAUUUAUUUCAUUUUUUAACUCUCUGGUCAUGAAAAUCUUUUAUGGUGCCUGGAUGCUACUGUUGACUCCUUGCCUGUAAUCAGGGAUUAGUCCAGCUUCUGUCCUCUGGCAGCUUGCAAAAGCAGAUGUGUUUGCUUGAGCAGCACUGAUACAUGUUUCUCAGCUUAUUACUGCUGCUAAAGCAAAUUCAAGUAAACCACAGUGGGCAAGUUGUGUGAAGUGUUGUAUAAUGCUGUAGGAGAGGAAUAACCUGUUAACUGCUGCUUCCAAUCAAUUUGAAGGAGGACAUAAUCUCUAUUUGGAACAAAACUGCGAGUGACCAAGCAACCACAGCUCGAAUCCGAGACACUUUGCGAAGAGUCCUGAAUUUGCCACCCAACACUGUUAUGGAAUAUAAAACCCAUACGGACAGUAUCAAGUACGUACAGAUUAGCACACUAAUCUCACAUAUAUAUAUUAUUUUAACCUUUGUGCAUGAAUGUUCUAGAACGAUAUGAUUUGAAAAAUCACCACCAAUGGAGCAAACAUUUAAUAGAUUUGACCUAGAUAAGCAUUUGUUAAUAAUUAGAAUGAGACAUAUUGAUGGCGCACAGUUAAAAUAAUAGAAUCCACCAGUGCAACUGAUAUAGUCAUCCAUCCCCGUGUAGUUAAUUCCUAUGCACAUACUUUUAAGAUUUUCAAUUUGUUUAAAAUAGGUUAAUAUUUCUUUAAAUAAUUUUAACAGUUUAUCCAAAAAAUUUUAAUAAUUUGGAAAGCUUAUACAACAAUAUUAAAUUAAGGCCUUAGUGAGCAUAUAGGUAUUAUUGUAAUACAGAAAGUUUAGUAAAUUAAAGGGACCGUGAAAGCACCAUAUCAUUACAGCAUAUUUCAGUUGUCAUGAUGCAAUCAGUAGUUGGGUGCCAUCCUUCUGGUUUAUGUUAUUCAAUUUUUUAUUAACUAGGACACUUCUAGCAAAUAAAUCCCACCUCUGACAUAAUGAUAUAUUUCACAUCUAUGUUAUCUUUCUAAGUUUGUGUGGUAGUGAUGGGAGGUGAGCACCAAGAACAACUUAGCAUAGUGUUGGCAGUCUUUAAUUGUUGUACCAUAGGCUAUAGUGGUUAUAGUACAUAGAAUAUUGCUUCAAAGGCUACCUGUCAUGGUACAUAUAACUUAUGCUCUUUUAAAGAGCACAUAGGUCAAUCUAGCAGGUUUUAUAGAGUAUGUAGAGAUUGUGAGAACAGCCAUUUAAAAAUCAUUUCCCCCCCCCCCCAGCUGUCAAUCAAUUGACUGACAGGGAGAGCAGACCACAGGUCCAUUUGCUUUUCAGACUUAGCAAUCACAGUGUGUGCUCUUAUGUUUGUUCUGGUAACUACCUAGCUGAUGUUGCUUAUGCUGGCUGGGAAGGAUAGGAAUGAAGUGACUGACAUCACUCUGUUCAGAUGCUGGCAUUGAAGCCAGAGUGUCAUCAUCACAGUGGAGGCUGGCGGAAGGGUCCUCUAGCAGUGAAAAUCAAAAAAAGAGAGGAGGUGGGGUGGUAGGUGGGUGUUACAGAACAGUAACACUCUGGAAGGUGAAAGCAUGGCAGUGCUGGAUAAAGGGAAGUUGAGUUAAUAUCUCAAUAUUUUACAUUAAAUACAUAUCUUUGUGAUGACAGGUUCAUUUUAAUAACUCAUCUAAACUGAGCUGCUCAUGUACUACAAUUAUGCGUUCUAGUGCGGAGGUGAGUAUGCCUUGAUAAGAGUACAUUAUAUAUUCCCUUUCAUUCAUUUUAUGAUAUUCAUUGCCAAAGCUGCACUGCCAACAAGGUGAUAACGAAGAUAAGAAACUGAAGUCAGUUAUCAUGCUCACCUUAGUAAAGAGAUACAUGUGAUUUUAAAUAGAAAGGGUGUGAAGCAGGAUAAAUAACCAGACUGUAUUGAGAGGUCAGUAGUUUUGUCUUAUUCCCUUUUGCAGUCAAAGACUUUGUUAAAGGGACACUAUGGUCACCAAAACAACUUUAGCUUAAUUAGGCUGUUUUGGUGUAUAUAUCAUGCCCCUGCAGUCUCACUGCUCAGUUCCCUGCCAUUUAGGAGUUUAAUCACUUUGUUUAUGGAGAUCUAGCCACACCUCCCUGCAUGUGAUUUACACAGCCUUCCUAAACACUUCCUGUAAAGAAUCAUCUAAUGUUUACACAUCCUUUAUUACAAAUUCUGUUUAAUGUAGAAUUUCUUAUCUCCUGCUCUGUUAAUAGCUUGCUAGACCCUGCAGGAGCCUCAUUUAUGUUAUUAAAGUUUAAUUUACAUAGCAGUAUAUAAAAACUUUCAAAGUAAGUUACAUCUGAUUGAAAACCAUCUUUUUAAAUUUAGACUGUGUCAGUCACGGCCAGGAGAGGUGUGUCUAAGGCUGAAUAAACAGAAACAAAAGUGAUUUAACUCCUAAAUGGCAGAGAAUUGAGCAGUGAGACUUCAGAGACAUGAUUUAUACACUAAAACUGCUUCAGCAAACUAAAGUUGUUUUGGUGAUUAUAGUGUCCCUUUAACCUUACAUUUACUAUGUGGAAAUUUUCCACUGAUAGUUAUUUAAAUGUAAAGGUGCAAAACCACAAAAUGGUAAACACUAUUGAAAGUUCACAUUUUACUGAAGUAUUUUAACUCCUGAAGCCCAACCCUAAAUGUAUCCCUAACCCUAUGCUUAUAAUAACUCUAACCAUAUACCUUCCCUACUCUAACCUUAACCCCACACUAUCCCAAGUCCUAAAACAGCAUUACCAUUAUUUUACCCUAACUUUACAAUUAACCCUACCCUAAGAAAAUACUCUACUGAUAUCAAAAGAUGGGUUUCCUAGCUAAAAGAGUAAAGAACUCUGUGACCAUUUACUGGCUGUUUUCAGCAUUCUUUCCCAGCCGAUUACAUCAGCAUGGGGUAUGGAGUCAGCAUGGUGUCUCCCUUGAGUACUUGCAAGCUGUAAGCCAUGAAGCACCACAGCUGAGUGCAAUUCACUCAGUCACAGUGUUCUCAAUGGAUUUAAAGGGCUGUAUGCAGCACUAAAUUUGAGCACUGUAUACAGCUUAUCGAUCUGUGACCUCUAAAUGUGGCCCCAGCUAACAGUUGGAUUUAACUCCGCUCACACCAAAACAUUAGACUGUUCCUUGCCGUCCUAAUGGCGUUAAAGCCCACUCUGUGGGGGACAUAAAAUGUUAUCAAGGGGUUAAGGAUACAGUUUUGUUUUUUUUGUUUGUUUGGUUUUUUUGCAGCUAUAGAUUAUCGUGAUUUUUAAAAACUGAGCUAAUCACAUAGGCGUGUGAGCGUGAGCGUGUGCGUGUGUGCGUGCGCAUCCAUAACCAACAAACAAUAACACAGUACCGUGCAGUACUUAAGACAUGAUCAGUUUCACCAAGAUGGUUUUGUGAGGAGUUGGCUUGAGAACCUUUUAGUAAAUAUGAGAACUUCUACAAUAAUAAAGUUAGUAAAAUAUAAAAAAAAAAAAAUAUCCUAGAAUACAAACUUUACACAUUUCAGCAUUUGUUUUGAGAUUAAAUAAACCUUAUGCACACUGACUAAUUUGCAUAGUGCGCAAAAUAAGCUGAAUUCUCGGGCAUGUUUCCUGUGUGUCUAAGGGUUUGUUGGCUGCAAAAAUACACGUAAAGCUGUAUUUAGUUGACUAUUUACAGUUCAGCUAUUUAAUAAAGUCAUUUUUAUCUCUGGCUGCCCAGGGCCUUGGAAGAAUUUCACGGCCUGGUGAACAGCAACGGCCUCUGAGUGAAAUCUCCCUGCUCCCCGCACCCAGUGGUAGGGCAUUAUUUAAAUUUUUCCAUGUAGUUAAAUAUAUGUAUAUUUCUGUUUGGGCAGAGGUAAAUCAUAUAUUAUUGUGUGUAUGUAUUGCAGCAACAUAACAUAGGGAUAUACAAUGUAUAUCUCUAUCUAUGACCACAAAAGCAAUCAUCCGAAGAGAUUGUCUACUUUAAGGUUCCUCGUGUUUUUAUCAUCUGGAAUGUUAUUGUGCCAAUGACAUACUAUAAAAGUUAUGAUUUAAUCUCUGUCGCUCUUUUUUUAUAUUUGUUUUUUUUUUUUUUUUUUAUUGUAGGGACAAAACAAGUUUUCGAAACACAAAGAUUGCAUUGUGAGAAUACAGAGCCAUUGCUGAUCUCAUUUCCAUUUUGAAAUCUACUAUCUGCUCCAGACAGUGUUUUUCCAUAAUAUGCUCUACUAGCACAAUUAACCCUUUCCCUGCCAGAGAAUCCGGUAUUCCAUCUCUGUCAGCAACGUGGUUACGAUUGGCGUUUCAGCUAAUCAUCAUUUUUCUCCUCUGCUACAUCAGUCCUUAUGCUGUGACUGUCCACUAAAGCUGCUGCCUCGGAGGAAAAGCACCAAAACUUUAUUUUAGUAAACACAUUUUGUUUGCUUAGCUGUUUUAUUAUUUUUGAUUUACAUGGGAGGAAAGGUGGUCGGUAUUAAACCUUUUUUUUUUUUUAUCUGAUAGCAUGUUCACUCCAGCACUUACGGAGUUAUAUGCUCCUUUCUCCCGACAAGUUAACCUUUCCUCCAAGAAAUUUGCCUUGUAACUUUUCUUCAGCACUUUGUUAGUUUCCUUUCAUGUUUUUUGCAAAGGAUUUUGUGUAUAAUGUUUAUCUCAUUAGCAGACACAUUACUGAGACAGAUCGGUAUUACGCUAAAUGUUGUUGUACAUAGGGAAAAAAAACAAUCCUUUAAUUUUUGCCUGCUGAUGUGUGGAAGUGUCAACUCCUGCCCAAGAGCGGUCAUUAAAUGAUUGGGUCUUUGUUCAUUCUUACUGUCAGAUUAUUAUUACUAUUAUUUUUUGUAAUGAUUCUGUGAAAUAAGUACCAUCUGAGCAUUGAACAUCCCAAUAAAUGACUGUUCGCUGGAUAAUGCAGGGCAAAUUCUUAGGAUUUGCAUGUAUUGAAGUGGGCUCCCCUGAAAUAAGAGAGUAUUUGAAGGCCUUCAAACCAGCCUUAGUGCUUUGUGUGAAAACUUUGUGCAUAUCCUAUAAACCCAUGCACAGCACAGGGUAUUGUGGAGACUGUAGUUCAGCUGAUAAAUGGCUUAAUAAUAGCAAAAAAAAAUGUGUGCAAGUGUGCAAAAUAAUAGUAUCUAAGAACAUGCUUUUCAUUAGUGAAGCUACUUAUGCAGCCAAUAAUAGAAGCCAAAGACAGAUAGUGUUCCUUCUUCAAACUCUAGAGUUAAAAUUCACAGAAUGUGUCAAAAAUUAAGAGUACUACAUAUAUUGCAUCACCUUUAAACAGUGCAACACAAAUAUUUCAUAUAAAUAAUACACUUCCUAAAAAUGUGUUUUAUAAAAUGCAGUGCUCUAUACAAUAAAAAUACCCCAAAUCAGUAUUAUUAUAAGAAGUAUCUCAGUGCAGUAUCAAGUACCAUAUUAUAUACUAUGUAAAAUGUUCCCAAAAAUAUGUUUCUAGUGCAUAUAGGACACUGUGAACACACUCAAAGACUGUGCCAAUAAUAAUAUCAUAUGGUCGGUUUCCUCUUGGAUUAAUGGCUCUCAAUUGACCUCAAAAAGACUACCAUGAUUAUUUAAGGACUACGAGAAUGCAUGCCAAAACUUAUGAUGUGACACUAUUUAAAGAGGAUGCCUAAGGGACAGCAUGAUGACUGAAGAAGCCUACAUUUUAGAGAAGUGAAGUGUGUUUCAAGAGUUAAUCUCCAGUUUAUGUUCAUUUGAAUAAAGUCUGUUUGAGAAUGAAUUUGGGAACUUCUGGAUUCAAAUUCAAAUUGGAUAUUUUGCAGUGAAAGGGAGGUGUUGUCCUGCAAACAGACGCUAUGGCCUGAAAUUUGAGUAUUUGAAAGAAACUUUUGAGAUUUGCUGCAAUAUAUUUAAAAUCUAUUACACUAUAUAUAUAUAUAUAUAUAUAUAUAUGUGUAUAUAUAUAUAUAUAUAUAUAUAUAUAUAUAUAUACACACACACACACACACACUAUAUAUACUUCUUUUGAUGUCACCUGUAUCAAUUGGUGGAGGAGGAGUAAACCUACAGAAGGAAGGGGGGAUUCACCCAUUAUUGUUUCCAAACCAGAGAGAACAGUGCCACUUUAAGGUGAAUGUGAGUUUGCAUUCUCAAAGUGAUAUAUAUAUAUAUAUAUAUAAUUUUUCCCCACCAUAACCUUUUUAGUUUUUGCUUCCUAUAUAUAUUUAUAUAAAUGUAAAAAUAGAUAACAUUUGUAUCUUGAAAAACCUUUUUUUAUUGGACUAACAGAAUUUUUUAAUGACAAGCUUUGGGAGAACCUCCGUUUCUCAAGUCUAAAGCAUUUCUGACACAUAGAAUUCAAAGUUGAGUUGUGAUACAGAGGUUAAAGCGACAUGGAGUGCAGGUAAGACACAGGUUUGAUGCAGAGGGUUGUAAAUAUCUUGUGUGAAGAACACAGAGUGAGGGGGGAGAGAGAGAAAAAACAAGUAAACAGUGCAGAAGAUGGUGCUAGAAGGGGGCAGUAAAAAAAUAAAUUACUUAUAUUAAGUUACAGGAUAUGCAUGAAGGCCUAUAUCCAGCAUACACAGACACACUCACACACAUGUACAUAUACACAAGUAGUGUAUAUGUACAAGUAUACACAAGUACAUACACAUUAUAUACAAGUACAUACAACAAUACACAUAUAAAUACAACCAAAUAUAUGUACAUGCACACCUACACAUACAUGUACCUACACAUAUACCAAUGUGCCUACCCAUACAUAGACCCAUAUAUCACUGCUGAUUUGGGAUUUCUGUGGGAAAAGCAAGUCUUAUGGCUUGACUGGUGUGCAGAUUUUUGUUUAGCAUUGUAUUAACUAUCCACAUACUUCAGGUGGAAGGGGUUUUCAAUCACAAUUUUUCCCCACCAUAACCUAUUUAGAUUUUGCUUCCCAAGCACUACCAAGCCUCAAUUAGCAAACCAGUAACCAACCUCAUGCUGAAGAGUUGCAUUAACAACGAAACAGCUGUCCAUGAGUGGUUCACUGGUUUUGCAUCUUAUCCUAAAUUGUGUUCCAAGCAGUUGUAUACUGCAAACACAAAUUAAAAGGAAUCCAUGUUUAAAAUGGAAUGAGGCAAAAAUGUGAUUCUUUGUUAAACUAAUUUGCAUAUGCCCACCCAGAAUCCUUUGCGGUUGUAACAUCACUGCUGAUUUGGGAUUUCUGUGGGAAAAGCAAGUCUUAUGGCUUGACUGGUGUGCAGAUUUUUGUUUAGCAUUGUAUUAACUAUCCACAUACUUCAGGUGGAAGGGGUUUUCAAUCACAAUUUUUCCCCACCAUAACCUAAUUAGAUUUUGCUUCCCAAGCACUACCAAGCCUCAAUUAGCAAACCAGUAACCAACCUCAUGCUGAAGAGUUGCAUUAACAACGAAACAGCUGUCCAUGAGUGGUUCACUGGUUUUGCAUCUUAUCCUAAAUUGUGUUCCAAGCAGUUGUAUACUGCAAACACAAAUUAAAAGGAAUCCAUGUUUAAAAUGGAAUGAGGCAAAAAUGUGAUUCUUUGUUAAACUAAUUUGCAUAUGCCCACCCAGAAUCCUUUGCGGUUGUAACAUCACUGCUGAUUUGGGAUUUCUGUGGGAAAAGCAAGUCUUAUGGCUUGACUGGUGUGCAGAUUUUUGUUUAGCAUUGUAUUAACUAACUAUAUAUAUAUAUAUAUAUAUAUAUAUAUAUAUAUAUUUAUGGAACAACAAGAUUUGACAGCUAAGGAAAGAAUUCUCACCACCUUGCCCCUCUAUUUCUCAACCACACCUGGAUCAUGCCUUUCCUACCCUUCAGACUUUCUCCCAAGCUACUGAACAAGAGGGGGCUGCGCUUCUCCUUUCCUCUCGCCCAACCACUUGCCCGCUUGAUCCUGACCCGUCUCACCUUAUCAGAUCUCUCUCCUCUCGUCUUGUGCCUUCCUUAACACACAUCUUCAACUGCUCUCUCUCUUCUGGUGUUGUUCCUGCUGCCAUUAAACAUGCUACUGUAGUACCCAUCUUAAAAAAACAAAACAUUUCUUGACCUGUCCUCCCCUUCUAACUAUCGUCCUAUAUCCCUGCUCCCCUUUUCCUCAAAGCUUCUGGAAAGACUGGUCUUUAACCGUCUGACUUGUUUCCUCAAUUCCAACUCUAUCGACCAUCUUCAGUCUGGCGUCCUCCCCCUCCACUCUAAUGAGACUGCUCUUAUUAAAGUCACUAAUGACCUAAUCAUAGCUAAAUCCAAAGGGCACUACUCCAUACAAAUUCUUCUUGACCUCUCUGCUGCCUUUGACACUGUUGACCAUAUUCUCCUUCUCCAAACUCUUUAACCACUCGGUCUCUGUGACACUGUCCUCUCUUGGUUUCCUUCUAUCUCUCCCAAAGCUCAUUCAGUGUCUCCUUUUCUAAUGAUACCUCCUCCCUUCGUCCUGUCUCUGUUGGAGUCCCCCAAGGCUCUGUAUUUGGUCCCCUUCUAUUUUCUCUUUAUACUGCCUCUCUUGGCAAACCUAUUACCUCAUUUGGAUUCCAAUACCUCCUGUACGCUGAUGACACUCAGAUAUACCUUUCCUCCCCGGACCUCUCCCUUGCCGUCUUGCAACUUGUCACUGCUUGCCUUUCUUCCAUCUCUGAUUGGAUGUCCUCCUGCUUUUUGAAACUCAAUCUCUCUAAAACUGAACCCCUUGUCUUUCCUCCUCCUAAUACUGAUCCUCCUCCUUCGUUCUCCCUUUAAGUUAGUGGUUACCACAUCAGUCCAUCCUUGCAAGCGUGCUGUCUUGGCGUUAUACUUGAGUCUGACCUCACAUUUGAGCCUCACAUCCAGUCUGUUACCAAAUCCUGUAGGUUCCACAUUAAAAACAUAGCCCACAUCCACCCCUUUCUUAUGCUAGAUGCUACUAAGGAGCUUGUCCAUGCUCUAGUAAUCUCUCAUAUGGAUUAUUGUAACUCUUUCCUAAUAGGUCUUCCCACAAGUCGUAUUGCCCAGCUACUGUCUGUAAUUAAUGCUGCAGCUAGACUGAUUUUCCUCUCCUGUCGCUCCUCUCACACCUCUCUCUGUCAGUCCUUACAUUGGCUUCCUGUAUGCUAUAGGAGUGAAUUCAAGGUACUAAUCCCACCUGUAAAGCACUGACCAAUUCUAGCCCCUCAUAUCUCUUCAUGGAUCCGCAGGUAUGCCCCUUCUCGGUCUCUCCGUUCUGCCCGUGACCUUCUCCUGUCCGCUGCUUGCACCUGUACGGCCAACUCACGCUUGCAGGAUUUCUUAUUGGUGACUCCUUUCCUUUGGAAUAGCUUGCCUACGACCAUCAAGCUCUCCCCUAGUCUUCAGUCAUUUAAAAAGUGCCUCAAAACCCAACUCUUUAGGAAAGCUUAUGGCCUCCCAGAGUAACCUCUACCUCACCCACCUGUCCCUUGCUCUCUCCUAAAGGGCAGCACUCUAUUCUCUCAUUCAGCUCUGCUUCACUCCACCUUGUUUGAUUGCUACCUCCUGUCCUGUUGUGUUUUACGCCCCACCUCCUAUAGACUGUAAGCUCGUUUGAGCAGGGCCCUCUUCAACCUGUUGUUUCUGUAAGUUUUUAUUAUUGUCUCAUUUAUUGUUAAAUCUCCCCCUUUGAUAAUAUUGUAAGGCGCUAUGGAAUAUACUGGCACUAUAUAAAUACCAGUAAUAAUAAUAAUACACCUAUUCACGUAUACAUACAUGUAUGCAUGUAUAUAAACACUUUAUAUAUACACACCACACAAAUAUAUAUAUGUAUACGCAUACACAUGAACACAUAUACAUACAUGCACAUGAACUCAUAUACCCACAUACAUAUAUAAGCAUACAUGCAUAAGAGUAUGAGAAAGCAUAGGUCUACACAUAACACUUUGUAUAUUGAUAGAAUAAACAUAUUGGAAUGCCUUUUAAAGUGUCUAUACAUAUGACAGAACACUAAGAUAAUGUUGGGGAAGUGUUCAUGUAAAGUGUUGGUAGUGGGACAGGAAACCCAAAUCAAUAUUUAGUCCUCUAUUCUUACAAUUUGAUCAUUCUGGCUUCAAAAGUUUUUCUUUCUUGGGUAUUUUUAAAACCCCCUUUCAGUACUUAGAUUUUUAGGUCCUUCAUUGAGUGGCCAGGAAGGGUAAAGUGAUGUCCCACAGGAGUGCAGUAGGAUUCUUCUUUGUGGUGUUUGAGUGUCUGUGCAUAUUCAUUCUGCCAUUUAAUUGCUGGGUGGCAUUUGGUGCAUUGAAUCAUGUAUACCACAUUGCUGGAUGUGCAGGAGUAUGACCCUUUAAAGGGAAACUAUAGUCACCUGAACAACUACUGCUUAAUGUAGUUGUUCCGGUGAGAUCUAUAGCUCCUUGCAGGCAAUCUAAUGUAAACACUGUAUUUUCAGCAAAAAUACAGUGUUUACAUUAAUUGAUAUGAAUACCUCCAGUGGCCGUCACUCAGACGGCCACCAGAGGGACUUCCUAUCAUGUAUGGCCCUAAAAAGGCCAUGUACACGUCAGACGUAUUAAAAUACAUCUGACGUGUGCAGGAGAGAGAAGGCACUGUGUGCACGCCUUCUCUAUCCUGCCUGUCAGCAGAGGAGAAUGCCGCCCAUGAAGUAUGUGUGCAUGUGCGGCGAAACCACGCAUGCGCACAAGGGACCAAUGACGCUUCCGAAUGGAAGCGUCUGAUUGCUCUCUGCUCGCGCCCGCCUAUUUUGUCAUUCACGGCUUCACGAGGCUCCUGGCGCUGGAACGAGGUGAGUAAAAAGGGCUGCCUGGAGUGUCCCUUUAAUGCUGUAGGUUGUAUUUCUGUGUGUGGCUGUGUUGUCUGUGCAUAUGUGCUGACACAGUUUGCAGUGAGGUUUUUUGCAUCUACUGGUCCCGUUUUCUUUAUUCUUCCCAUCAGUGGGCAGCUUCCUGUUUAUUCAAUUUUGUUGUAGGUUUGGUUGUUGUCCGAAGGCCAAAAUGGGUGUUUCAGAGAAAAUGUUUUUCAGAGUCUCAUUUUCUGUUAACAUUGGUUGUAAGUCUUUAAUGAUUUUCUGUAUUUCCUCAAGAGCUGGGGUGUAGGUGACCACAAGUGGCACUUGUGUAGAUAUUUUUUUCUCUCUGUUCUGUAGCAGGCGCGUGCAUGGAGUUUUUACAGCAGAGUUGAUUUGUUUGGUAAUAGUCUUUGGUUUGUAGCCUUUCUGUCUCAUAGAUUGGGAGAGUGCAUUUAGAGGGGAAUUAUGGUAAUUGGGAUCAGAGCAUAUGCGAUGGUACCUAGUGGCUUGGCUGUAGAUGAUGCCCUGUUUAGCAUGGGUGAGGUGCAAGCUGGAGCUGGGAAGGUAACUGCACCUGGCUGUGGGGUUUCUGUAAACCGAGGUGUGGAUUGUGCCAUUGUUACAUGUCACAGUGGUGUCCCUAAAACUCACAGAUCUAGUGGAAUAUUCAAUUUUUUGUUUGACUGAUGGAUGGAAUGAGUUAAAAGAGUCAUGGAACUGUAUCAGUUUUUCGAUAUAGCGAUAAUAUUUGUAUGGUUUGGUGUGCUGUAUUUUUUGGGAGUGUAUCCUGGGAGUGCUGAUUUUUUUUCUGUUUUUUAUAUAUAUAUAUAUAUAUAUAUAUAUAUAUAUAUAUAUAUAUAUAUGCAACACCAAUUGUUUACUGAAUACCUUCAUUUAUAGAUUUAUAUUUGCUGAAAUUGUAGGCAAAACUGAUGAAAUCUGCAAUAUUUAUAAAUAGUUAUUAAAUAAAUCAUGGAUUUCACAGUCCCCUUAUUAAUCAAGAGUGGACAGUGACAUGCUUCUGAAAAUUGAGUGAGGUAUGGUAGUGAUGCUCAACCCAAUCUCUCGAAUGAGUAAUUGCUUAUCCUCCAUCCAUUAUUAACCCUUUCAUUGUUCGAUAGAAUCAAAAGGACCAUUCCACUGGGACCCUCUUAAUUAAUGGUUAGAUGUUUUAUUUUAAAAAAUUAGGUUUUGCUUUUUCUUUGUUUUCUUUUGGGGGUUUUUGCCUGGUGGCUGCCUGCACAAAUUUGCAAUAUAAUUGUUUUAGUGUUAAACCCUAAAUGAUUCUUCAACCAUUUUAGGCACGUUUAGGGACAUUCAAGCUGAAUUGAAUGAGUUUUAAUUUGGAACACAAUCUGGAUCAAUAGGCCAGCUGGGUAAGGUUUGGAGUAAGGUAGGUCUAGUGAAAUACCUUUGUAAUUUAUCCUCUGAAUUGUUCUGAUAUCUAAAUUGUAAUGUAUUUUAUCCUUUCCAUCACUCUGACUAAGUAAACCUCAUGGAAGGAUAAUAAAAUGCAUAUAGGUAGAGAUAAAAGACUUGGAGACUGAGAAGAUGUGACCUGGGAAUUAAGAGAAAGAAGCCUUGGUACUCAAAUUUAAUUACAUUUUAAAAGAUUUUAUCUAUUUAUUUUUAUUGACUCAGAAGACAUCCAAGUCAAGAGGAGACACUGUAAGUGGACAUAGUCUUUUCCACACACCGAUAUCUUCAUCCUGUCUGCCAAGUCAUUCUUGAUAACAAUGUUCAGCUCAUUUCAAAGAACAUAUAAUUCUGGAAUGUAACAAUAAAAAAAAAUAAACUAGUGUAGUUUCAAAGAAAGGUUAUCAAACAUGUUAUAAAGUUAUAUGAAAGUUAAAGUACCAUAACCACUGCAGCCCAAUGUAGUGGUUAUAAUUUAGGAGUACCCUUGUGCCGUAAUUUAGGAGUACCCAGUGCAUCUGCUUCUGCAUCCUCCUCAGCUUUUGGUCCCCCCCUGACUUCUGCAACAUCCCCAGCUCCCAUGCUUGUGAAUCAGAAGCUACUAAAUGAGAAAAGCAUUUCUCACACUUGUAGGGGGAAUAUCGGAAUGGAACUUCUGUCAUUUCAUUCUGAUGCAAUGUACUGACUCUAAGCCACCAUCAUCAGGAAGGAUUAGCUUGCUUUGGUUAGGGUCCCUACACAGGGCCAAUAGCAGUGCAGACGGGAAGGAAGUCCCAAGGGACCAACACCCACGGACUUUUCAGGAGUGACAGAGCUGCAGCCACGGGUACAACAUAAUCUAGCCCAGUGAUGGGCAACCUCCGGCACUCCAGAUGCUGUGGACUACAAAUCCAAUAAUGCUCCUAAAGCAAUAACACUGGCAAAGCAUCAUGGGAGAUGUUGUUCAUAAUAUCUAGUCUUGCGAAAGUUGCCUGAUCUAACCUUUAAUAGCUUUCAAAGCAAUUAAUGGAGCAACCCAUAAUGCAUCUGCUUCUGCAUCUUCCUCAGCUUUUGGUCCCCCCCUGACUUCUGCAACAUCCCCAGCUCCCAUGCUUGUGAAUCAGAAGCUACUAAAUGAGAAAAGCAUUUCUCACACUUGUAGCGGGAAUAUCGGAAUGGAACUUCUGUCAUUUCAUUCUGAUGCAAUGUACUGACUCUAAGCCACCAUCAUCAGGAAGGAUUAGCUUGCUUUGGUUAGGGUCCCUACACAGGGCCAAUAGCAGUGCAGACGGGAAGGAAGUCCCAAGGGACCAACACCCACGGACUUUUCAGGAGUGACAGAGCUGCAGCCACAGGUACAACAUAAUCUAGCCCAGUGAUGGGCAACCUCUGGCACUCCAGAUGCUGUGGACUACAUAUCCAAUAAUGCUCCUAAAGCAAUAACACUGGCAAAGCAUCAUGGGAGAUGUUGUUCAUAAUAUCUAGUCUUGCGAAAGUUGCCUGAUCUAACCUUUAAUAGCUUUCAAAGCAAUUAAUGGAGCAACCCAUAAUGCAUCUGCUUCUGCAUCCUCCUCAGCUUUUGGUCCCCCCCUGACUUCUGCAACAUCCCCAGCUCCCAUGCUUGUGAAUCAGAAGCUACUAAAUGAGAAAAGCAUUUCUCACACUUGUAGGGGGAAUAUCGGAAUGGAACUUCUGUCAUUUCAUUCUGAUGCAAUGUACUGACUCUAAGCCACCAUCAUCAGGAAGGAUUUGCUUGCUUUGGUUAGGGUCCCUACACAGGGCCAAUAGCAGUGCAGAUGGGAAGGAAGUCCCAAGGGACCAACACCCACGGACUUUUCAGGAGUGACAGAGCUGCAGCCACGGGUCAACAUAAUCUAGCCCAGUGAUGGGCAACCUCCGGCACUCCAGAUGCUGUGGACUACAUAUCCAAUAAUGCUCCUAAAGCAAUAACACUGGCAAAGCAUCAUGGGAGAUGUUGUUCAUAAUAUCUAGUCUUGCGAAAGUUGCCUGAUCUAACCUUUAAUAGCUUUCAAAGCAAUUAAACAUAUCAAUUGUCUUAAUGAUAAAUUAUAUAUUUCCUACAAAUAAGUUUAAGUCCUGUGUGAUGCAGAUCGGCUGGCUCAUUUUUAUGAUGUUUCAAUGCAAAGCAAUAAGAUAAAAUCUAGUUUAUUAUCUGCUCAGUGGAUAUACAUAACAUUUUUUCUACUUUGUACCACUUUACUGCAGAUUAAUUAUGUACGUUAUAGAUGUGAGUUGUAUUGUGGAUGCCAUGAUACAGGCAUGUAGUCAUACCCACUAGACAUUCUGACUCCUAGAAUAAAGGCUCACAGGCAUGCAGGUUAGAUUUCCAAGCUGUUAAUCCUUUUUUGAAUAUGAAUGAUCUAAUAUACAGUAUAGUUCUCUUACCAAUAAAAAUGUGGCAGCCAAUAGGAGAGCUUUAUCAGCAGGACUGAGUGCCGCUGAAACUGUGAAAACAAAAUGCAGAGAACACGGAUUAAUAAUGGUAAACUUUUAACAUUAAGGUCCGGGCACUGGACGUAACACCACCACUAACUUGUAUUUAACUUUAUACUAAACAGUAUUACUACUGCUGGGGUAACAAACCCAGCAAGCUUUUGGUAAACAUGACAAAUACUUUCUAACUCUCAUGCAGACAUUUCUGACCUUAGGGGACCCUAUACAUUCUACAGGGAUUAAUAACUGCAUCUUCCAAUCAUUCUUUAAAGACAUAUGCUCCAAUUCCAGAUAACGAGGAGGGGAACAUCUGAUUCCUUCAACAGGCAGACAAAUGCCCAGUAGGAAAUCCUUAAUAGUUUUAUCAAAAGGAGGUUCAAUGGAUGGUAUAAAUGCUGCAUAUUAGGUACUUCACAAAGGCCAGGUAGUAAAUGCCAUUACCACUCUCAUCCCUAACAGAGUCCAGGGCCAUUUGGAUUCCUAAACCUAGUAAGUACCUUUCGCAGUGAGAAUCCUAUAAUACUAAUUGUUGCCUGCAACCACAUUCCAGGAAAUUCAUUUAAAAAUCUUGCAUCAAGCCUAUCUUUCACGCAAAAGACUAUAUGCCAUGGGUUUACACCAAUCAGACACUUGCCCCAAGUGUGAAACCAUGGGAGCAGGUCUGGUGUAUUGUUUUACAGACGCUGCUUAUAAUAAAAUAUUAGAAACUCGUGAAGAGGUACAUAAAAUAUACAUUAAGUAUUGCUAACAGGAUCUCUGAGAAGGACAGCAUUCUCACUAUUGGUACAGGGCACCCACAAAUUAACAAUAAAUAAAUAAAUAAAUACAAGUCGUCAUGGCUAUGGCUUGCAAAUUCAUAAUCGAUCAAUGGAUAUUUCCUUAUCCUCAUUCAUUUUCUUUAUUUUUCAAAAUCUAUUUUGCAUUCUACAUAGAUUUAUUGCACCUUUCAUCAAAUAAAAACAACAUCAAAACAUGCUUUAGUCAAUGGAGGUCCUAUAACCUAUUGGGUUAGAUUUUUAAAAUAAAAUUAAAAAUUACAUUUGCCUGUACACAUUGAUUGCUCACAGUGGAUCCUAAAACAUGUCUAUUUCCCUUUAUUCAUAGUUGAGGAGCCUUUUUUCCAUUUAUGUCUACCUCUGUUAUUCUCAAGUUCUACACUCUUAAUGUGUCCAUCAUAUGUGGAACAGCAUUUAUUAUGAUUUUAUUGUACAUAUUUACCUACCCCCUAAUAUUGUCUUUUAUUGUAUUGCUUCCUUUGAGAUAUUGGGAAGAGAUGUUGGAGGAGAUAAUGAGGGAAAAGACAAAAGUUAAAUUACACUACUAUCUGUGCUGCUAUUUGUUUGACCAACUUUAGUGCAUGACUCUCCAUUGGCCUUAUAGUAAGCUUUGGUCUUUCCUUCAAUAUAAAUGGUUGAUCUAAAUGUAUUCCACUCUUUUGCAAUAUACGGCUACCACCAUGGGAUAACUGAAUGUACACAUACUGUCCAAACCAAAGAAUUCAUGGUCCAUGUUAUAGUCUUCAUUAUAUCCUGGCCAUCGCUUCCAAAUGAUGGCUAAACGUUGUCCAUUUAGCGAUGUUACCUAGAUAAGCAAGAAAGAUUUUGAAAUCAACUGGAAAACAACACUCACAAAUGAAGCUUCUAUUGUAUGUCUUUGAAUAAGAGUUUACCGUAAUUACAAAAGAGAUUUCAUCUCUGGAAUAUAAUGAGAAGAAACACGUAUCACAAUUGUUACAGUUUAUCUGAUCAUUGUAAUCCUUUAAUAAAAUGUAUGAAUUAGUUCAUAGCUACAAUUAUGAUAGUUUAUUUAAUUAUGGAAAGGGAAUGUUUCCUUAUCUAGCGUAUCAUGAUAAAAGGGCCAACUGGGAUUCAACAUAGGAACUAACAACAAAUAAGAAAAAAACAGUACUAUUGAAAUGAAUACUGAAAUACACCUUGAAAUAUACGUAAUUGUGCGAGGCUAUUAUAGCCUUUCACAAUUACGUAUAUUUCAAGGUGUAUUUCUUUAUUCAUUUCAAUAGUACUAUUUUUUUUGUGUUUAGUUCCUAUGUUGAGUCCCAGUUGGACCUUUUAUCAUGAUUUAAUAAAAGUUAAGUCUUAAUCAUUUAUGGUAAUUUUACCAUUCUAGUAUUCCAUUUUCUCUGUAUCAAGUGCUGCAUCCUCCAUUUUUUCUCUCUUAUUUGUAGUCCACAGGGGUUAACCCCCACCUAGGAGGUCUUGCACUGGCUCAAAUUCUCUUUUUUUUUUUUUUUUCAACAAAUCCAAUACUUAUCUAACGUAACAUUGGGUGGACAUAGUUUUCUCAAUUUGAAUGAAGCCCAUUAUUUAGUUGUGUUACCUGGAACUCCUGAUCUGAGUGGCAGCGAGUUGCACUCCACGAGCCCUUAAUCUCCAUCAACUUUCUUUCCUCUGCAUUGUACACUGAGAGGCAUGGACUAAAUAAGCUCCAUCUAUAUCACCAGGGAAGGGACAAAUAGAGGUUUUUCGUGGCAAGACAAAGAUGACAAUGGAAAUAACUUUUCCAGAUAAUAUCAUUUGAUAUUGUUAAUAUAAGCAUAUAUUGACCACUGUUACUGUGUUAUUUCUUGAUUUUCUUAGUAACUAACGUUAUCAUAGCUAGGAAUUCUUCUUGACUUUCUCUGAGAUUCUGUUUUUUUAAAGCUAGUUAUCAAAGAACAGGGCUUUCGGGAUCAUAGGGCUUGUUCAUGACAUGUUCCAGGUCACUGUGCCAGGCCACCUUAUACGUAUGUAACACUGACUAAAGCAAUGUCUACUUAAGAGUUUAUCAGAGCAGAGCAACACAUUUGGAUAAUUUACGAAAUAUGCAAUUUGAGAAUUUUCUAAUUUUCUGUGUUUAGUGAACAGUCUCAAUUAUGUGCACUGUUCGUGCCAUAUGCUUUAAAAAACGUAUCUACUUCAAUUAAAAAAUUUUUAAAAAUGAAAAUGCAGAAAAAGGUUAUUCACUCAAUUCUGAGAAAGCCAUUCUUGCAUAUUGAGGUAAUUCAGAAGUUACAUUUAUUAGUUUACCAAAUUUACUGUCACCUGGCAGUUAACUAACUUUCCCUGAAUUCAUCUAAUUCCAAAUCAGAACCCAUCCAUAUGGUCCUAAAAGAGAUCAAAAUAGCUCAAGAAUUAUUCAAUAAUUAAUUCAUUCAUUAUUGAGCUAUUCCCCAAACUUAAAAAUAUCUUACACACCUUGCAGGCAAAUUAAAAUAAUCAUAACAAAAAAACAUUAAAUAAAUAAACAAAUGGAGGGUCAAAUGGACUUUAUUAAACUGGAGGAAGAUGGUUAAGAUUUGAAUGCGAAGAAAAACACAGCAUGGAUAGGAGACCAAAAUCUUUGUAGUUGUAUUGGUACCUAGAGUGGGCUUGGAGUGUCUUUUUAGAAAAACAUUUAUCUUCAUUCUACAUCCUCACACUGUUACCAGUAAUGUGAUGGAAAUGAACUACAUUGCCAUGGCACCUAUUUAUUUUAUAUACUUAUUUAAAGAGUUACUCCAAGCAUCAUGACCCAUGAUUUAAAGUAUCAGUAAGACAGAGAACUUGGCCUCGGGACUGGAUUGCAGCUAUGUUUUCUUUUUUUUAGUGUUUGAUAAAUAUUCAAUAAUUUCUCUUUCAUUUUUUUUUUUAGCAGACACUGAUACGUUCCUAAGCAGAAGAGCACAUUUGGGGCAGUUCCCUGAAACCAUCCUGAAAUACCUUCAUUGGAUAUCAAUUACAAGUCAAAUCUGUGAGCUUUCCCCAAAUGUUGAAAUUCUGAGAUGAAGGUGGACCUUAAUAAAGAAUCCUAACCCUGAGAAUACAAUAGGAACACUUUUCAAUAUAACCUUUUAUAUCAGUUGAUUACAAUAGAAAACCUAAAGUAUAGUUCUAUGGAUAUGGAUCUUACUGAUAGUAAGUUACCAAUAUAUUUUUGCUUUCACCUCUGUUGUACUGAACCAAUUGGGCUGUUUGUUGAAGAAAAUACUCUGAUCACCAUCAGACAACAGAAUAGGCAGCACACAUCCAUUCUGUAAGGUCGACAGAAUCUCAGCACUUCCUCUCUGUUCUGGUCACAUAGUUGGAGGCUGCAAGAGCGAGCUGGACCACACAGGUGGAAACACAGGAAUCUGGAAUCUGAUGUAGAAUGACAAGGUGGGCCAUUAGUGACAUGUCUUUGCAUUAUUCAGCAUACUUACAAAGUAAUUAGUUGAUCUGACCAAAAAUAUAUAACUGUGUAUCAAUUUCUUCACCAAACACAUUUUUUCACACAUUUCUUUUAUGAACAGAUACAAACUUAAUCAACUUGUCCUAUGGGUAGAUUGCCUGUGCCCCCCUUUCCAUUGCAAUCUGUACAUUUGCCACAUAUAUCUAAGGCCUGCUAAAACCUAUUUGAAACCUCAUAAAUGGCAACUAACCCAUCUUAAAGGGAUUUUCUAGACGUCAUAACCAUUUGAGCUUAUUGAGUGUUUAUUAUUAAUAAAGUGCCUGUCUUGAACCAAGGAGUGCCUGGACCACUAUUAUUUUGCAAUUAACCCUUGUCAUUUGAAGAGUCCAGAUGUACACCUUCUAGCUCACAUCACACAAUGCACCUUAUUUCAAGGCACAUGUACAUUCUGCUCCCAAAGGGAUAGCUUUUGGUUUCCCAUAGACUGACACAGUCUCUGUAAUGACUGGUGCAGAAUACACAAGUUUUUCACAAUAUCAACCAUCACAGAGAAAGAGUGAGUCAGGGGCAUUUCUGGGGGGGCUGCCAAGCGCUGGAGCCCAGUGUAGGGUUCUGAAAACCAUUGGACCAUUUCAUUGUUAGACCCAAGUUCUGUGUAAUACUGAGAGAUAAAAUAACUCUAAUUAUAUCAUUUAUGGCAGUGCCAUUUUAUAUUUAUAGUACACAUUAGUUAGUGAUUGUUUUUAGGAGAGGUUUAAGUCAACAUAUGUAGAACUAAGGUAUAAGAGAAAAAAAGGUCUAGGGAAUUGAUGAGGCAAAAUUUACUGAAACUCAACAGUCAGCCAGUUUCGACCUAAAUGGUCUUUUUAAAGCUACAUUUAGUUGAAAUGUUGCUAUUUGUUA